GGCCAAAUUACGAACCCGAGAGAGUAUUCGGCGCAAGAUAUACGAGGGUGUACCAAUCCUUUGACCGAACGGUAUUGGAAUCUUACGCCAGCAACAGUGGGCACGAUGAUACCAUCCGUCAUGGCGACAUGAUGAUAAAGUCUGCGACCGCCCUUUGCGUAAUCCGUGUCUUCAAUUUGCUUUCUCUGUUUUUUUAGGAGCGAUUUUGCCCUCAGUCCUCUAGAAAUUCGUUCCAUUACCGACAUUAUGACGCGCGUUCUCCUCACAGGCGGCAGUGGUUUCAUUGCAUCGCAUGUACUCGACCUCCUUCUUAAGCGUGGAUACUCUGUUGUCACCACUGUUCGCAGUCAAGACAAAGCCGACAAGAUCAAGGCCUCCUACCAGAGCAAUUAUGACAACGGUCAGCUCGAUUUCGCCAUCGUACAAGACAUAGCUCAAUUAGGAGCUUUCGACCAGGCUGUCGUUUCUGAGCCUCCAUUUGACGUUGUAGUCCACACUGCAAGCCCAUGUCAUUUCAACAUUACAGAUGUUAAGAAAGAUCUACUCGACCCAGCAAUGAAUGGGACAGUCGGCAUCCUGAAAAGUGUUAAAGCGCAUGCUCCUUCGGUGAAGCAUGUGGUUUAUACAUCAUCUUUCUCUGCGAUUAUGAACCCUGGCAAAGGCGACUGGCCGGGUCACGCAUUUUCAGAAGCCGACUGGAACCCGAUAACUGAGGAAGAGGCAUAUAAGAGCCCACUAAAUGGUUACCGAGGAAGUAAGACCUUCGCCGAACGAGCUGCGUGGGAGUUCAUGGAGAAGGAGAAGCCAAACUUUACGUUCGCUACGAUCAACCCUCCUGUCGUCGUUGGCCCAGUCAUCCACAGCAUUGAUAGCCUCGACAAGCUCAAUACUUCAAAUCAAGGCGUAUUGAAGGCUGCUUCCGGCAAAUGGAAAGACGUGAUACAACCCACCGGAGUGUAUCUAUGGGUUGAUGUCCGUGACGUAGCCGAAGCACACAUCCAGGCCUUUGAGAAACCCGAGGCCGCGAACAAGCGAUUCUUCACCACUGCAGGUGUAUAUUCCAACAAGGAAAUAGCCGCGAUCAUCAAGAAACACUUUCCGGAACUCAAAGAUUUGGCGACCGAGUCAACACCAGGUGGAGACUAUCCCGAGAGCAGUCGCGAUGCGCUAUACACAUACAAUAACAAGCGGACAGUAGACAUCUUGGGGCUACAGUACAUGGAGCUUGAGAGGUCCAUCGUGGACACUGUGAAGUCAUUUCAGGGCCUCGGUCUAUAGCGAGUAGCUAAACAAAUCAAUUGAAAGUGAC